AUGGCUUCCUUGACUUUGGCCUUGCAUGGGGAGAACGUUGACCGCGCGUUCUGGGGAAUAGGAUCUGGAGGGGUCGGGCAGAGUCUACAGACUGCUCACUUGGAAGCCUUACUGGGCAACUACCACGCCUGUCUCGACAUGAAUAUCUACUACGUCGACGAGGAAAUGCGAAAGCAAGCCGCUCGUCUCGUCGGCAAGAUUGUCGUCACCGGGCAGGAGACUGUGCAAGGAUCUCGCAAGUCCAUGCGGGAAGACAUCUACAAAAAGCACAUCUCCGCGGACAAGGUGCCCGAACGACUUCCGUACGCCAUCGACACAGCCCUCGUGGAGCUGCGUGGAUGGAAGCGUUUCGAGAUGAACGCUUAUCCCAGGUUUGUCGGCGUGACGGAAGAGAACCUGCCGUCCAUUUUCCGCAGGACGGCCGUGUGCCGUUACAAGGCCACCUUCGUUGAGCCAAGCAAAAUUCUUGCUCGAGAAGAGGCAGCGGCAGAGAGGGGCAUUUUUGCAAGGGACCCAACUCUCAAGGACGCCUUGCGAGAUAAUCCAGCUUGCGUGGUGACGCUCCGUUCUGUCUGCAACUAUGCGCGACAGAACUCUGCGGCUGCGUGCCGUGAGACGCUGGAAAAUUAUGCCGUGCAUGGUGGUGAUGGAGGCCUGACGCGGCUUGCUGUGCGCACGAGCUGUGGUCUAGCCGUGGAGGAAAAAGAUGCGGCAGAUCACGUGGAGGAUGUUUUGGCCGCUCCAGAGCCACCGGUACCCGUGGACGAGGUGCAACGUGCGAAGGAGGCGCGUUUACGCGAGCACAAUCAAUACGUGAAGGACAUCAAGGAGUGGCUGGUGCAGGAACACAAGGACUUCUUCACUGCGGCCCAAGUGCGAUCUGCCAAAGCAAGCGCUUCUUUCAGUUUCAGUCGGAAGGAUGCAGACACCGUCCUCGAAAAACUCGCUGAGGAUGGGCAUCUCCUCUCCGAGUCCACUGUCUUGCCGAAGGCUGGACUUACCACCAUUUAUCUGCCUCGUAUUCCGGCGAAGAAAGCCCUGGGGGACGUUGAUCUUAAGCUGACGGAAAACGGAAGCGACGGGAAGCUUGGUGAGGACUUGGCGCGCAGAGCGGAACAGGAAGGCGAGCUAUUCGAGGAAAUCAAGAGCUUGGCGGAAUCAGGAGAAGUAGAUGCAGACGGGUUGGUGACUGUGCAAAGGCAGUACUUCUAUCCUAGACAGGUGAGAUCGCGUAGGAUCGCGAAACAAAGAGGAGCCCAGACAUGCUCGCGCCUUGCACGCGCCAUCUGCUGUCCCCACGGCAGGGACGUCGACGUGCGUGCAAGCAUGUUCACCGUGGUUGUGCAACUUGUGGAAGCACUCAGUGUGCCGGAUAUGGAUAUUUCUGCAUGGCGUGCCGUGGCUGCUGACCGCCAGAAAGUCUGCGUGGAAAGAUUGAGCUGCUCCGAAGCAGAGGGCAAGCAACUCUUGCUGGAGAUUGCGAAUGGAGCAGCUGUGAGUCAGGCGUCGCGGCUGCAAGGGGGUGCCGCGACUUUCCUCCAGCAACUUUCAGAUGAAAGUCGGGAACUGCGAUGGCUGGCAUGCUCUCAGCUGCCAGCCUUGUACAAGGAGCAAAGGAACCAAAAGUCCAACUGGCCAGAAUCCACAGUCUUCGCGUACUGGUGGACAGCAGCGGAGGACUACGUUCUUCAGCACAUACUCCACGGUGUGCAAAGACAUUAUUUGCCAGGCCACAUCUCCUGCCACUUCGACGGUGUUCUCCUAUCACAAUCCCUCAUGCGAGCAGUUGAGGAGAAGGUCGAAGAAGACAUCCUCAAGUACCUCCAGGAACAGGUGUCGCGCGGCACUCCCUUUCAGAUCAAGCUGAAAGACAAGACGGUUUCGUCUUUUCAGGAUGCUUUGAAAAAAGCGUUCCAGAACAUCUCCGACAUCGCUUGCUUCGGAGAAUUCACAGAUCUCUUGAAAGCAAUUCCCAACUCCAUCCCCGCGGCCUUGGUGUUUGUGGGCUUUGAUCUGCGCCGUGUGGUCUCCGUCUUGCAAGCGGAGUCGCCAGCUAACACGGCUGCGGACAGACGCAAGGUUCGGCAGUAUUCGGAUUGGCAUGGCGUCGACACCAAGUACUUGCUUCCUGCUGGCAAACUGGGAGAGCUCCGGCAGAAAAAUUGCAUUCUGCACAUAGAGCUCCCAGAUGAAUCCCAUUGUAUGGGCAUCCAGGUGUUUGCGGACAAUGCCAUUACAGUUUGCUGCCAAGGCAAAAGCUUUCAGACAACGUGGCGUGCCCUUAUACAGGUGACCGAAGCUUUCGUGGGGAGCACAGAGACUAUGCUUUUCGAGGUAGUCGACAAAGAUCCGGAGCUAGACGAUGCGGAUGUGGGCCUACUAGAUCUCCUUGCAGGGUCGUCCUCGACUCCGUCUGCGCCGCUAAGCAGAGCCAGUCGGAAGCGGCCAUCGGCAAGCGUGAGUGCAGAGCCAGCAGAGGCUCCCCAGAACGAGGGAGAGGUAGCUGUCGGCGACGAACUGAAGACGCUGAUGCGGCAGGAAGUGGAAGAAGCCCUGGGGCUUGUGGAGUCCCAAGGGAACAGCACUUUCACUGUCGCCGUUUGCCCUUGCUGUCCGUGGAGACGCUUCAACAAAAGAGCUCAUUUGCGGCAGCAUCUGGUUUCGCAGCACACUGCGGCCAAGCGCUAUUGUCCAUCUGGUACAAAACAGCUUCGCAUUGCUGCUGCCCUUUACGACCAUGAUGCGGUCGCAGGCACGACUAUCCAGACAGGCUUUCUUUCCCGCUCUGCAGCAAUCAUGCGAGCUGAUGUGAAACCUCCUGUGCCUACGACCAUUGUCUCCAUCGACAAGACAGUCAGGUACGUCUUCGAUGCCGACGGUCCUAUAAUCAUGGCUCUGCAUUCCGUGAAGAAGAGAAACGACUUGCGACGUGUUGGAAAUCUCUACUACACCUAUGCCUUUGCGUGCGCUUUCCUACAGGCCGCAGCUACAGGGAAUGCCUCUCUGCAGCGAAUUUACUCUGUAAUGGUGGGCGCCUGCACGCGACAUCGAGGUCAGCUUUCGUCCUUGCUGCCUCGCGCCACAAACGGAUUUUGGACAAAUGUUCUGGAAGAUCUCAUGCAGGCGCCGCCUGUUCAACAGUUCCGCGACGGUCUCCUGGAUGAGUGCAGAGAGCAUAACGAGUUUCGGUACCUGAGCGUCGACGCAACUUUCAAGAUUAACUUGAAGGUCAUCGGUCAGGCGGACUUCCACUCGUCCCAGUCUUCCCGGGACAAUGCUCCUAUUCCGGAAGCCGAGGCAGGGUACCGGACACUGACCUGUCGCGGCCGGACAGGCGCUGCUGUGCUCAUCCGGGUCGUGCGCUCAGAGAAAGCCGUGGUGUUGGCGGAGACUCUAGCAAAAACACUUCCCCUACAGCAGCGGUCGCAAGUACUCCAUGUAGCUUCCGAUUCUCCGUCUGCGGAAAUGUUCCGCGUUCUGCAAGGAGUUCUGCCGCGCCUUGCCAGCAUUGCCCUGGAUGCCAUGCAUAUCGUCAUGGUAUAUCAACAAAACAUGAACAAUAAGAAGACACAGGGCUCCCGCUGGCUCGCUGUCCUCAUGGACAAGUUUCGGAAAAGAGACCCAGUGCGCUCAGCGGCUUCUUGGGGAAGACUCUACACAGGGGACUCGCUGCCGCCAUCGCGUGCCGACGUCAGAUCCAUGCGGGAGCGCUUAGAGAAUCCGGACAUGUCUGCCCAGGAGGCGUACGACCAUCUCAAAGGCGUGGACCCAGAUCAGCCGUGGCUGACUGAGGUGGAUUUCCUCCAAGCACUGCUUGCUCUUCUUUCAAUCUUCUACGACGAGGUGCAGAAGGUUACAUUUUCCGGAGUCACACUGCAUCGUCUCAUCAUCAAUGUUGCGUCGCCGGCAAAAGUCCAGUGGCUCUUGAAUGACACACGAUAUCGCCACUCAGUCGACCGGGAGUCCUUGGUUCUGUUGCCAAGUGGCACCACUUCCAACGAGAGCCUCCAUCAUGAACUGAAUCACUGGUUCCGCGAAACCGAGACUUGGCUGCAGUGGCCACGUGCAACUUGGUCAAUCGGUGUCUGCGUGUGA